UUAAAAUCUGUUGAAGAAUCAAGAAAAGGGGAAAAAAGCAUCAAGCAUUCUCUUUUUUGAAAUUUCCUUGAAGCUUCAUAAGGCAGCUGAUCAAGCCUCUAAUGAACAAAAACAAGUCAUGAGAUGGGUUCUUUUUCUUGUCCAAGAUUCUAAAGGACGUUUUGGACUUUUCCUUGGAUCCAACAGAAGCAACCCUGCUUCCUCCUUUUGGACCCGGGCUAACAGGUCCAAUCUCCAGUUUUAUCUCUAUCUGCAAAUGCCAAGCAAGGGUCUAGAGAACAAGUGCAACUACUCAAAAAUGGUGAGCAAAGUCCCAGCAACGCUAGCUUAAAACCCUCCAUAAACCCUUCUGCUACAAGCUUCAACAGGUUAUUGCAGUUGUAUUGCACUGAAUCUUUUGGUACUUGUGGUUUAGAGGUGAAAACUGGAAUUUUGGGCCAAAAACUAGCCAGCCUAUGGCAUUGAGGCGCUUUUUGGGGUUUUCUGAUGGGGAGUUAAUGAGAUCAGAUGCUAAACCCUGUUCCCGGUUGAUGAGACAAACGGCUGGGAUUUUCUCUGUUGGUGGAGCAUUAGGAUUUUGGGUUCUCUGUCGCCUGCAUUAUGGUCCCAGAAUUACAAUUCCUCGAAGUCUUAGGUGGGCUGCCUGUGGAGCAAUCACUACAAGCUCAUCUACAGCUUUGCUUGUCCGGCUGUUUAGUCCUGAAUGUGAGCCACAAAAUAUAGCUGCUUUUGACAAGAAAAAAUAGUAAUUAACACAUUCAAGUUUUGAUAUUUGUAAAACUACUGUGUCUCCUGUGAGUUUCUCUCCUAAAAGUGGACAUUUGCAUGUUUUAUAAACUAUUCUGCAUGGAUGGGUGGUUGUAUUGUAAGCAAUCAAAAGUUUUAUCAAAAAAGGUGGAUGGGUGGUUGUAAGCAUGGAAGGGUGGUUGCUUUCAAUAUAUUUUGCCGUUUUAUCCAUCCAAAAAUGAAAAAAAUGGAAGGGUGGUUGUGUCGUUUGUCUGAGCAUUGGUCAACUUGCGAAAUGACAGAGUUUUAUUUAUUGUCUAAGCCAAGUAGUUUCAUUA